AUGGCAGAUGCAGUUGCAACAGCCGCCCGCCGCAUGCGGUCUUUCUUUCGUAGCAUCAUGGCUCUCCUCAAGCGGUUCAUGAUGUUUCCCUCAGGACUUGGGGAUGCAUCUGACUCAAGACGCGGAUCCAUUUCCAGCAUCAAACGACGCUGUCGAUCCCUCGAUGAGCUAUCGAAAGAAAUUGAGCGUCUUUUCACUGGCCACUUGGACGUUGCGAAUCUCUUGGCCAUGUCACGGAAGAUCCGCGCGCAGAUUGACGCCUGUGCCAAGUCGAGCCCAGUCUCCAUGCUCCCGUCUUUCAACCAUACUCUCCCCACUGGCAAUGAGACAGGUACAUACCUUGCCAUGGACCUGGGAGGAUCGACGUUUCGCGUUGCGCUUGUUGAACUUUCUGGGGGUGGGAAGAUGAGGAUCAUCCGUGUGAAGGUCUCAGCAAUUGAUGAGCCGGUAAAGUUGUUGGAAGGGAAAGCUUUUUUUCGCUGGAUGGCGGAAAGAAUUGAGGAGAUGCUAAGCGGUGGUGACGAAAAGUAUGGCCUAGACUCAGCACCUCUGCCAAUCGGUCUAUCGUGGUCGUUUCCGAUUGAGCAGACCUCGAUACGCAGCGGACGCGUCAUUUCCAUGGGCAAGGGGUUCCUGUGUUCUGAUGGUACCGUGGGUGACGACCUAAGCGAAUUGAUCAUGGAUGCUUGUAGGGAGCGAAAUCUCAAUGUCAGAAUCGAUGCCAUCGUCAAUGACAGCUCUUCUACCCUGCUCUCUCGUGCUUACACAGACUCAUCGACCCGGGUAUCUUUGAUCUUAGGCACUGGUACCAAUGCCGCCAUUCAUUUCCCCAUAAAUGCCAUUGGGACCGCCAAGUUUGGAAACAGACCGGCAGAGUGGUUCGAUGCAGCUGAUCACGUAAUUGUCAAUACCGAACUUAGCAUGUUUGGUGGCGGGGGAGUCUUACCAACGACUAUCUGGGACGAUUAUCUCAACCGCACACAUUUAAAGCCCGAUUAUCAACCCCUGGAGUAUAUGUGCACGGGACGAUAUCUAGGUGAGAUUGUGCGGCUGGUCAUACUGGAUGCUGUCAAGACUGCUGGUCUGUUUGGAGGUUUCCUCCCUGAAUCCAUGCGGAAUCCGUACUCUUUUGACACCGCCAUCGCCGCCUACAUACAAGAAGAUACCUCCCCCUCCCUUACUGCUUCCUCUUUAUUCCUGCAAAAAAGCCACACCUUUACCAUCCCCCCAUCUCCUCCCGAUCUUCUAUUCCUCCAACAAAUCUGCGGCUACGUCACUCGCCGAGCAGCAGCAUACCUAGCGACUGCCAUCCACGCCCUCUGGUGUCUACGGAACAACACUGAAGCACCCAUAAUUCUCCCCACCCCCGACUCCACCUCCACAACGAACGAAAGAGCUGUUGCCAGCGGAAACAAUCCUCCAAAGAACGACACCGCCGAUAAUAGUGAACUGAACGUCACGAUCGCCUGUGAUGGGGCUGUCAUCAACAAAUACCCUGGCUUCCACAAGCAGUGCCAACACUACCUCAACGAGCUGACACUGGAAAGAGAUUCGUCCCUCCCAUCCCCUCCCCUCUCCCUCUCCCAUUCUGUGACGGCCUCCUCACCCUCGAAGCAACUGAUUACCUCAGUCGUCACAUCGCCCACCAUCACUCUCGAGUUAGCUGAUGAGAGCGCGAUAUAUGGUGCUGCAGUGGCGGUGGCGGUGGCUGUUCCAGGAAAUUAA